AUGUCUACACGAGACUCAGAUAAGGAAAAACCUCUAAAUCAGGAUGGCUACUCCAAAGAAGGCGAGGCGACAGCUACAUGCUAUUGCGGAGCUGUACAACUAGCAUUCCCAACCACCGCCCCAGGCCUCGUAGACAUCUUCGUCUGCCACUGCACCGAUUGCCGAAAGAUCACAGCGUCGGCUUUUACUUCAGCUUUCAUUGUCGCGGCUUCAGCUGUCAAGCACAUACGCGGCCAGGACAAUCUGAAGAAGUUCUCACAGUCUCAGACGACUGCUUCUGGCCAGGCGAUGACGAACUACUUCUGCGAUACAUGUGGGACGCUCAUGUACCGGCUGAGUGAGCGGCAUCCCGAAUUUAGCAUAAUGAGACUUGGCACUGUCGACGAUCUGAAUCUGAUGGAGGGCUUACUGAGACCCAAGCGGGAGGUUUACGUCAAGGAUAGGGUGAGUUGGGUCCAUGGAGUGGAAGGAGCAAGGCAGAGUGAGAUCAUGGAGUAG